AUGACAGUCCCUGAAGGUCUCAAUGGCACUCAGCCUUCCAACGGCACUCAGGCCUCUAGUGGUACUCAAGCUACGAACGGUACCUCGAAUGGCACUCAAGCCUCUAACGGCACUCAGCCUUCCAAUGGUACUCAUGUCUCUGCCAAUUGGGUACCGGUGACUGACGAGCCCCUGUUCACCAAGCGCAAGCUCAGGGUCGUCUGUGUCGGUGCGGGGUUCUCCGGCCUGAUGCUGGCAUACAAGUGGAGGCACGAGCUGGAGAUGAGUGAUUAUGUCGACCUCACAAUCUACGAAAAGAACGCGGACGUCGGUGGUACAUGGCUCGAGAACAGAUACCCGGGUGUGGCAUGCGAUGUCCCGGCACACAUCUACACCUUUUCAUUCGAGCCUAACCCUGAUUGGUCUUCCUUCUACGCCUCCGGCCCCGAGAUCUGGGAUUACAUCAAGCGAACGACCAAGAAGUACAACCUCGACGAGCGUGUGCAACUAAAGUCCAAGGUCGUCUCCACCAUCUGGGACAACGCCAAGGGCAAGUGGAACAUCAAGGUCGAGACCGACAGCGGUGUCAAGGAUGACGUGGCCGACAUCCUUAUCAACGGCGCCGGAAUUCUCAACAAGUGGCAGUGGCCCGAGAUCAAGGGCCUCCGCUCCUUCAAGGGGAAACUCCUCCACAGCGCCUCCUGGGACGAGACCACAGACUGGACCGGGAAGCGUGUCGCCGUGAUCGGAAACGGAUCCUCCGCCAUCCAGAUGGUACCCAAGAUGCAGCCCAAGGCUGCCAGCAUCACCAACUACAUCCGCAGCGCGACCUGGAUUUCAGCCAACUACGCAGCCGAGUUCACGCCCGAGGGCAAGAACUUCCAGUACACCGAGGAACAAAAGCAGAGGUUCAAGGACCACCCGGAGGAGCUGUUCAAGCUCCGAAAGGACAUCGAGCAUGGCUUCAACCAGUUCUUCUACGCCCUUCUCAACGACAGCCCCCAGCAACUGGCCGUCGGCGUGGCGUUCAAGAAGAGCAUGGAAGAACGCCUCAACUACGACCCCGAGUUGUGCGCUAAGCUCAUCCCUGACUGGAAAGUCGGAUGCCGACGUCUCAGCCCCGGUGAGGGAUACCUAGAAUCCCUGCAGGCGAAGAACGCCGUGAUCGAGUUCAGCGAAAUUGAGGAAAUCACGGAGACCGGAAUCAAGACAGCCAAAUCGCACGAGGACUUCGACAUCAUCGUCUGCGCCACCGGCUUCGAUGUGAGCUUUUCGCCUUUCUGGGAGCUGGUUGGAAAGGAUGGCGUUCGCCUGGCGGAUCAGUGGCGCGAGACCCCUGAGGCGUAUUUUGGCAUCUGCGCCCCCCACAUUCCGAACUACUUCAUCUUCAACGGACCCAAUUGCCCUGUUGGACAUGGCAGUCUGCUGGCCGUUAUGGAGUGGACAGCCGAUUGGGUUCUGAGGUGGUGCACGAAGAUUGCAAGCGAGGACAUUAAAUCCGUUAUCGUCGACUCAGGAGCCGCGGACGACUACAACGUUUAUUCUCAAGAGUUCCUCAAGAAGACCGUCUGGACCAGCGGCUGCCGGUCAUGGUACAAGAAUAACAAGAAGGACGGCCGCGUUACGGCCAUGUAUGCCGGAAGCAUCUUGCACUACAAGGAGAUAUUGGAGAGUUUCAGGACGGAAGAUUUCCAUUUCGAGUAUAACAGCAGGAACCGGUUCAGGCUCAUGGGCAACGGACUCACGCAACGGGAGAAGGAAGGGGGAGAUUUGUCUUUCUAUGUUACCAAGUGA